GACGCCAUUUUAAAGUACGUUUGUUUACUCAGAAAGGAAAUACUAACGAUUCGUAAUGGAAAUGUGUGACUGUUUGGAUGUAAGGUAGUGCAAGAAGAGUCGCGAUAAACCGUGUUUGAUUCUACGUAGAAGUCAAUGUUCUUCGUUGUCGUACCCAUGAAUAGAAGAAUUUAUUAUAUAUUUCAACUUAACGCAUUAGGAACUGACGUAGAAAGGCGCCAAAACACCCAUUCCAGACUAAUGCCCUUCCAACUGUCACGGCGUUAGAUAUCUGGAGGUGUUGGUUAAUUUGGAGUCGUUUGCCUGGACUACAUAUUUACAGUCACCAUGUUUUACGCCCACUUUGUGUUGGCAAAGAAGGGGCCGCUGGCCCGUAUCUGGCUGGCUGCACAUUGGGAUAAAAAGCUCACCAAGGCACAUGUAUUUGAAACAAACAUCGAAAAGUCUGUUGAUGGUAUUUUGCAACCAAAGGUUAAGAUGGCACUACGGACAUCUGGUCAUUUACUCUUGGGAGUGGUGCGUAUUUAUUCACGAAAGGCAAAGUAUCUACUGGCCGACUGUAAUGAAGCAUUUGUGAAGAUAAAAAUGGCAUUUCGACCAGGGAUGGUAGAUCUGCCAGAAGAACAUCGAGAAGCAGCAGUUAAUGCUAUUACUUUGCCAGAGGUGUUUCAUGAUUUUGAUACAGCUAUGCCAGAGCUUAAUGAUGUCGACAUUGAGGCCCAAUUCAGUUUAAACCAGUCUCGUGCAGAAGAGAUUACAAUGAGAGAGGACUAUGGCAAUAUCAACCUAGUGGCAAGUGAUGAAGGCUUUGGGGAUAUGGGUUUUGACACAGAGCCCCCAGAGCUGAUGAGGAAUGUUUCUAAUUUGGAGCCGUCUCUUGAUCAGGCAAACUUGUUGUUCAGUGAUGGGCCAUCUGUCGAUCAAAUUGCCCUGGAGAAAGAAAAGGAGCCCCAGCCAUCUACAUCAGGAGGCCAGUCGUCGCGAUCCGCACUUGAGAUAGAUGCACCAAUUCGGGAUGAUGGAUUUGGAGGCAAUCUGGGGCAGGAUAUCAUAGCUGGGGGACUCUUUGAGGGAGGGCUGUUUGAUGAUGCACCAAUGCCAACUGAAGUUCCGGCUGUUGAAACAAGUACAGUCCAGCAAGCAGAGGAACCAGAAAAGCCUCCAGAAGAAGCUGCUGCCCAUGAUAGUGAUGAUGACAUGGGCGAUCACUUUGGGGGUCCUCCGUCUGUCGGGGGACAAAGUAUGGACGGGGACUCCCGCCCUGCCACUCCUGUACAAGGACUUGUUCCGGAACCACCGCCCCCCGAGCCACAACCUGUGGUCCCUCCUCCAAUUGAGCCAACAUUUCCAGACCAAGUUGAGGAGCAGCCUGGCAGUGUUGCACAUGAGCAGACAACAUUGCUUCAAAAUGAGGAGGAGAGCUUUGCCCUUGCCCCUGUAGAUGCCUCAGCACUGAGAGGUUUUACAAAGACGAAACGUAAGCGUAAGCUUAUUGUUGAUGAAAUUAAAAACAUAUCUGGUGAAGAGAUGAAGGCCCAGCUGUCCGACACGAGCGACAUUGUGACAACGCUGGAUCUGGCUCCACCUACAAAGAGGUUGAUGCACUGGAAGGAGACUGGUGGUGUGGAGAAGCUGUUUGCUUUGCCAGGCCGCCCUAUUCCAGGCAGAGCACUUUCAAAGAUUUAUCAGCGCCACCUGACAAGUAGAGCUGCUGAGAACUAUGAUUUUGGUCUGACUGGAGAUGAAGUAGAGGAGGAUCUUGCCCUGGAGCAAGUGAAGGAGGCUGAGGGAGACGUGCAGGUGGAGGUGACCAUGGCUGGCAAGCGCAUCAUUCGCAAGAGGAAGCUUCCAGAGCACGAAGAUGUUACUGUCAACAAGAAACUAACAGAGCCACAGGGUGACCUGCCCCCGGCGGACCAGGUGGAUCUGCAGCAGUUUAUGGCUCCUACUCCUCUCCCCCCACCCCCCACCCUCNUUGACGCUGUUCAGUUGGCAGGCAUGGUGCCCACCCCUGCUCCAACUCCGGCACCCUUACUCCCUCCUCCAACCCCUGGAAUUCCACCCCCAACUCCAGGUUUGCCUCCUGCCACACCAGGUCUAGUGCCCCCUGCCACCCCUAUGCCACUCCCCAUGGAUGUGGAAAUGCCACAGAUACCUCCAGAUCAGGUGCACUCUCUGUUGGAGCAACAUGAACAGUCUCUGGUACCCCCCAUGACACCAGCAGCACAACCCCUGCCUCAGCAGCCUCUUAGCACAGCUGUUGAGCAGGUGCCUCCCCAGACACCAGCACCAAUACAGCAACUGCCAGAAGAACAGCUGCCCCAUAUGGAGAACAUGGGCUAUGAUGUGAAUAAUCCCCUGAUGGCCAACAUGGGUUAUGAUGACCAACAUCCGCCUGCACAGACACCAGGUGCCAUUUCGGAAAGAGGGGUGGCCACGCCGUGGAAUGAGGACUAUGAAUUCCCAGCAUCAGUUGGACCGCCCGAGGAACAGCAAGUGGAUGAGACGUAUGAGCAGUUUGAGGAGCGAGUUCUCAACAAGCGUGCUGGCCACAUGUACCACAUAGUGAAGAGCAAACUCACGCGCAGCGACAAGCUGUUCUUGUCUGAAAUGGUACAUCGGAACAACAGGAAACAGGUGGCCCAGAAGUUCUACACACUCCUUGUGUUGAAGAAACAUGUAGUGUUGGAACUGCAUCAAGAAAGCUCAUAUGACGAUAUCAUGAUCACGAGGGGUGCAAAGUUUGAUAAUCCGUCUCUCUAAAAAUCUCUCAAUAUGUGGCAAGAAAUUUCUUGGUGGACGAAAGUGUAGCUGGAGAUUUUGUACAUAGCCAUUUGAUACAAAUUCUACAGAUAGAUGGCUGAGGUGCAUUUUACGUGCCUGUUUGGACAUGGAGAAUUUCAGGAAAGGUGAAGCAUGGUGUUGUAUGAUUGUGUGAGUGCAUUCUGCUUUCUGGUUUUGAACAAUUUAUGUUUCUGGUUUUUAAAAUUAUUAUGUGCUAUAUGCAGAUGUAACAGGGAAAGAUACAGAGUGGGAACUUGAAUGCUCUCAUGCUGUCUUUAAGAGCCUUCUUCCUCUGGUGCUUACUAUCCAGAUUUUUACCCCCCUUCCUUUUUAAAACAAAGUUGUUUUGAUUUUUAUCUAUGACAUCUGAAUCACCACUUGUUUAUUUUUUUGUUGAGUAGACCAGGUGGCAUAGACUUGGCCACUUAAUUCAAGGCUCUGGAGUUAACAUACAUACAUACGUGUCACCAUGAUUCCAAAUUAGUAAUGUGAUUUAGCAGCUGUGAUGACUAGGUUCUCUCUCCAAGUUUGAAAGCUCUAUGAAUGAGGUGGUGUUUUGUAAUCAUGUAAUAUUUAUGAUAUAAACAGGUGAAAUUAUCAGCUAAUGGUGAACAGUAGAUCAUAAAAACAUGUACAUUUUCAAGGAGAUUAGCAUACUUUUUGUAUAAUCAAACAAAGGUGUGUGUGUGUGUGCAAUAACAGAGUCAACCUAUCCCACUGGUAAUAAAUGGGAAUUCAUUCAGUAAAUUGACUGGCUCUUGGAUUUACAACUGGGGUUCAGUUCCUGGCUGUGGUAGGAUUUUUCUCUUCAAUAUCAAGUCAAGACCAGCUGUGACUCACCCUCCUUUUUAAUGGGUUCCAGGGACUCGUUCCUUGUGGAAGGGUGUAAACCAGCUGGUGUAUGGAGCUGAUCAUCUAUGUCUGUUGUCUUCUGUUGAAAUUAAGAAUGUGGGAGAUUUUCCUUCAUGUUUUCAUAGUGUGCUUAUGCACAGAGGCAGUUAUACCGUUACGUUUGGACCCUUCAUGCACAAAGCUUUGUAACGCUCAUAUCAACAGUUGAUUCUUCCCUAGAUGGCAGUGCAUUAGGUCUUCCAUCAGUUGACCACAUUUUCUUGUUUUUGGUGUGUUUGCAAUGAAAAAUUAGCAUUGCUUUGUCUCCAUGUAACUAUUCAAGAAUAUGGGAUGGAUUUUCAUGAAAUUUGAUGCUUUGGAGUUUUCCUGAAAUAUGUUAGCACAUCAGUCUUCUGGUUAAAUUAGACACAACAGUACUGGACUCUUUAUAUGAAGACCUAUGUGCAUUUCUGCACCCAUUUAAAAUGUAACUCACUAAAUACUUACGAGAUUGACUUGUUUUGAACAAAAGUAGAGAUAAAUGAAACACAUUUUAUUCCCAGCAUUGCCCUACAAGUCUUACAGUUACUGAGAUAAUUAAAAUAAUAUUGAGCAAAUGCUGCAGAAUUGGUGCACUGUGCAUACAUAUCCCAACUUAUUAUCACUGUGGGUUGUGCUUUAGUUUAAUUCCAGAUCACGACAAGAAACUUCAAUUAAUUUGGUAUAAAUAACAGUUUUUCGUAAUUCAGAGUAAUUAACAUUCUUCAAGUGGGACAGGCAAUUCUGUAAGUGGAGAUCUUGUUAACUUGUCAGUUGCAUAAAUUACUCAGCAGUGUUGAAUGUGAUGAGGAUGGGUUGUGGAUAGAGAAUUUGUAAAGGAUUUUAAAGAAAGAGGUUGUUUCAUAUUUCAAAGUGCCAUCAUCAUAUCCUCUAGAAGGACAGAGAGAAUCCCAGGAUAGCUCAGUCAUUGUAGUGAGAGGCUGUGGGCUGGAUGACCAGAGGUUUGGGGUCUGAUUCCUAGCAGAGACAAAAGAGAUUUUUCUCUUCUUCAAAGUAUCCAGACUAGCUCUGGGUCCCACCCAGUCUCCUGUCCAGUGGGUACCAGGGAAUCUUUCCCCAAGGAUAAAGUGGCUGCGUCAUGAAGCUGACCACUCACCUCUACACAAUGCCAAAGUUGGGAAUGCAUGGAGCUGUACCUCUACUUACCUUCUCCCAGGACACCCAGAAGGAUGUGAAAUGUAUUGCUGCUGAGCUGACUGCCAAAGAGACUGAGAGACCUCUGGGGUUUCAGAUUUGAAGUUCUCAAAAUUCUGAAUGUGAAAAAGAUUACCAUCUUCCAGGAUGUGGCACUGCAUAAUCUCAUAGAUAGGUCCAGAGGAUGAAUACCUGCCUGACCUUGAGGGACACACUUCUGCCAUGAAGACGGAAGCAGCAGGUAUUUUGAAAUGUUGGCAUCUGCUUACCACUCUUCAGUGUUACAUCCCAGAAGACGUUAAUGUCCAUCCAGGGCUUAUAUUGUCACAUGUUCAUGACUGAACACAGGGUUUGGAUUUGUAAUUGGGUUUAUUGAAGAUGCAUAACUUGUAACUACAUGUAAUUAUAGUGCUAAUACUAAUUCACCCUCUUUACAAUUAACUAUGACAUGCACUCAAUGCCGUAGAUUCCUCUGCAUUUUUGUGCCACGGCUCCGGUCCUUGCUGACUGAGGCUGGCUCACACUGACUCUUCAUGGCUGCAACCCCUAGCCAAUAUCUGCCUCCUUGCCAUGUCUCUCCAACAUUGGCGAGUAGUGAAUGCUUGGAGACUCACUCAACAAUCCUUUCUACUAACCAACUUGUCCCAUUGGGCCUUGUUAUAUAGUCUCGGUGUAGACUGCAUAGGAAACACCGCUUCCAGCAGCUCUUCUGAUGUUGUGUGCACAUAUCCGUUGCCAAGGAGACAUGUUUCCAGAGCCAUUGCCUAGCAAUGACCUUCUAUUCUGGCUUUGAGCCCUCAUGUAACAGUAUUGUUUCACUUGAACCCAGAACUCUCUACUGUCCUUUAUAACAGAUCAUUUUAAGAAAGUGCAACUAAUAGUAAACUUUUAUCAUAUAAAGCUGUUUGAAUGAUUAUUACAGAACUUGUUUCUUCUCUAGAAGAAAGUGCACCACAGCCCAGUUAUAAAGAUCAGUCAGUCAGUGUUGUUCAUGGAAGUACUUGCUUUUUUUAUGAGAACUAAGCGAACUGCACAAAUGAACUAUGCAGAUUAGAUGUGUUACUUAACAUUAAACUAAAUGGUAUGCAAACAAUUGUCGCAGUGCUGUAGAGGGUUAAGGGUUCCCAAGGUGGUGGUCUGGGCUUUGAGGCCGACUGAAUCGAAUGGAAAUUUUUAUAUGACAGAAAAUAAGUUGCUAAAAUAAUGAAGAUUGGGGCCUCCUGGGAUGUGAUGCUAUGUAGUUGGCAGAAGGCUACCAGUGUUUUGGAGGAACCUGCUGUGUUUAUCUUCUACUGUGAAGAUGGAUGCAGUGGGUCUCUCUGAAUCAUUAUCACUGAAAUGGAGUUUUGGUUAUGCAGAAUGUUCAAGAUAAUUUUUGGUUUCACUUUGUGCAGUUCUUGGGUUGCCUUCGAAAGGUACCCAUUUGUCAGGGUUGAAGACUUUUACUCUGAAGAUGGAAGCAGGUGGUACCUAUCUACCAGACUACAUGGUGUCACCAGAAGACUGUCAUCUGAAUUGUCAAAUUUGUAUUUUGCCUAUGCAUUGUCCGAUGCUUGGUUCCCUGGUCUUUACCUGUAGUAGUUUAUUUCAAACCACUUAAGAAACUGCACGAAUGACAGUAAUGCUGAUUGAUGUAGCUCGUCACAGCAGUAGGUUAUAGCAACUGUCACGUAACUUCAAACAAGGCCAAGAGUAACCUUGAAUGCGCAGAAGAAAAAUUUCAGACAAGGGGGUGGGUUCGAGGGUUUGAGAAGUGACAGGUGGCCAGUUGUUUGUAAGGCACCCUCGAAGCAGGUUAUACUUACAGUUUUUCUAUCAUCUGUUUAAAAACAUCAGUUUCCUUGUGCACUUAAAUCAUACAUAGUGAGUAAGAAAUUAGGUCAGGGUAUAGGUAUAAAUUAGUAAUACACAUUAAACGUAUUUUUCUUUGUAUGACGAGUGGCAAUAUGUUUGUAUUGUAAUAUGUUCUUCGAAAAGAGGAUAGGAUAGUUUCAAUGAAACACGAGGUGUCAGUGAAAGUGGAAGAACGAGUGUUAAGAAAGCCCUCCCACCACAAGCUAUGCGCAGGAUUUGACUAGGAAUGCAGGUCCUUGUUCAAAGUUAGGUGACACUGUCUAUAGCUGUCAUCUAUGAAUUUUGCGUAGCUCAAGUUAAUGUUUCAGGCACGCUGUCAUGUAAAUUAUGUAAGAUGAAAAUGACACCACCAGGUCAAGAGCCUCCAUCACUGCUCUUGAUGCAUGUUUUUGCUUCCAUUUUUCUUAAUGCCAUUCACCUACCUUAGUUUUUGAUCUCUUUUAACAUCCCCUUUUCAGAUUUAUUACUGGCUGAUUUUAAUAGGCUCUGUAUCUGCCCUAAUGUGACCAGCCCAUCUGGGUCAACUAGCUUUAGAUUUCUCUCUGAAUUUCUUGUCACAGUUUCCUAAGAAGAAACCAAAGUCUUACACUUUCACAUCAUUCUACAGUUGUGUUUGUGUGCUGUCCUGCUGGUUCUCAAAAGUUGUAGUGAAAAGAAAUUGUGGGUUGUGACACUAUAUUCUGGUAGCUAUUAACUGAUUCUGUCUUGGAGAUGGAUGCUGCAAGUUCCUCCAGAAUGCUGGCACAUAUGCCACACUUUGUGAAGCCACAUUUGAGAAGAUAUUCCACUAUCCCUACAGUGGUUUGAAGUUAAAAAUUGCUGACAGUCUCUCUUCCAUAAUGUUGCCUGUGCAAGGUGUGGUGUGCCCUGGUUCAUAGAGUAAGGUAGGGUCAGGUAAAGAUGUCCCUGUGCUUAAUUAGUUAAGCAAUAUGCCAUGAAGACUUAUGGUGGAGUGGAGGUAUAGCUCUAUCGGUUCAUAGAGUAGAUGUACUUCAAGUUCAUUUCUGUGGUGGAUGGUAGAAGGAAUGUGACUGACUUAGCUGUUACAGAAUAAGAGUAUCGCCAGCCACUGUAAUUGCAAUUUUAAUCGUUUCUUGCAUCCUGUUGUGUGUUUAAUUAAUAGUAGAGUGAAUUUACCGACUACACAACACGUGUUGUGUAGUCGGUAAAUUCACUCUGCUAUCACUUUAAUUGCAUCCCAAACUCUCAGUGAGGCAUUUCACUUACAAAGUUCAUUAUGUGACCACUUGAGAACUUAAUGAAGGUUAAAAUUAAGGUAAGACUUCUGGGAUGUGACACUGUGUACUUGGGUAGAUAAGUACCAACAUUCCAAAGGAACUAUAAUCUUAAAAUACCUGAUGCUGACCCCUUUCAACAAUGUUGAGGGCUGCUUUGUUUCUAGCAUGGAGUAUUCAGUAGACAUUCUGUACAGUGAAUUUGAAGUUUAUGAAAUGGUUCACAGAAGCUGACUGACCAAAAGAUGUUUGUAUUCUAAAGUAUUUCUGUAUCUGUUACCAUAUUUAUAUUUGUGUAACAAUGAAAUGAUUUAUUCAGUCUCAUGCAAAGCAACCAUUUUAGUUUAUUAGCCAAGCACUAAUUGUGUAAUUUGCCUUUCACCCUGGAAGAUAAAGUUACAGAUCGGAUACAGGCUACAAAACCUAAUCUUUUUGGUAUUUACUGGUAAAGAUGUCUCACCAGAUUUCAUACAAAUUCUUGGGGUAUUAUAAUUUCAGCUGGCAUGCAGAUGCAUACACAGGUCUGUAGGAUGUUAUUUACAAUGUACAUGUGACCACUUGGCAGUCGCACCUCUUGAGCAUACUUCAGUUUUGUGAGGUGCCUUGUGGAAAUGUAGUUCUGUUGACAGAUCCUAAAUGACAGUUCAUUAGUUAGGAGAUUACAGCAGACUCAAUACAUGUAAGAAAAUUUAAUAUUUCUGCAUAUUUUAUGAAUAUUUCAUUGGACUAAACUAUACUGCGGUUUUGUAGCGAGGUAUGGGUCAUAUAACCAUGGUAAAUCCUGAUAUAGAUCUCGAGAAAUGUUAUGACAUCUGCAUUCUCUCUCUACUACUUUUAAUGACCAUGCAUCCACAAAGCACAAUUUUCGGCCUUUAGUUGAACACUUCUAAGGCCUGGCACAUGAAGUGAAGAAACACUAUGAUAUAUAAUAUGUUUUGUCCUGUGGGAUAUAAUCCUGUGUAGUCAUGGGAAAGUCAAUAGACAUUUCAAAGGAAUAUACCACUUCCUUCAUCAGGGUCACUUAGCUAUCUGUUUUUUUUUUCUGGUUUCUUGUUUGAGUCACCAACCCUUAAGACAGAAUGUCAGUUGAAAUUGGGUGGACCACAUUGUGUUAUGUCACAGGAGACCAAAUUCAGAGCUCUUCAGUCAUCACUGAGAAUCCCAAUAUACAAUGCAUACAGCUAAUUCCAAGCAAAACAUAAAGUUUUGGCUGAAAGAGGAGAGGAAAUGGCAUGUUUCACAUUUUUACAUUUUUAAUGGUCUGAAGAUAUGCUAUCAGCCAGAUCAGCAUUUGUCACUGUCAUGUAACUAUUUCCAUUGUUCUCAUUCAUCUUGUAAAACUGUUGGACAUUGAAUGGAGUGUUUACAUUCUUUACUACCAGUUGGCAGAUUGCGCAGUGCUCAUUGGAUGUUGGUUUGCAGGUUGUGGGUUUAAAUCCUGUUUAGAAUGUGACUAUCAUUUCUACUCCUUAAAUAUAGUGCAGGAGGUGGAAUUUUGUUUUCCUUUCCUGUUUUGUUGGCAUAAGAGAGCAGCAGUGUGAACACUGCCAAUAACAGACAAUAACUUGGCACAGGUUUCCUAUGCCAGUAAAGGUAACCAUGUAAAUCAAACUUGUAUGUGUGCAUUUUCUAAAGGUGGCAGAACAAGAUUUCAUACACGUUGUAGAAGAGUGUACAUAUUACAUUUGUUUAGUGGGUGUGUUGCCAUUCCCUCUGCCGGGCAUAUGCAUGCACAUGGGAUGCUCCCUAUUCUGUUUCCAUUUUCCUGAUUUUGAUGUUAACAUGUCAUAGAAUUGUUUACAAUAUGAAUUCUGGAAAAUGGCUUCGAAUACAAACCUAAACAUAAGGCCAUUUUUAUUAAGAUAAAUUUUAAAGGAAGGAGUCUAUAAAUGAAAUAUAUUUUUAUAUAUAUUAACAUUAAUACCGUAAUGAGAGAAUUUGUACAAGGAACAAGACUUCAAUUGCAUAAUUAUUUGUGAAGGCUUGCCAAAAAGUGUAUGUUGAAGAUGUCUGCAUAAGAGGAGACAUUUUAAAACGGGUAUAGUUACAUAGUUUGAUAUUUAACAUAAGAGGGACAAAAAUGUUGUAUUUUAAUUAAUUAAAAGUGCAUUGUUUAUCUGCUAUUUUAAAAAUGGUCUCAGAAGUGCUUUGUGCUGUCAAGCCUCUCUCCUGUUUCAGGUUGUGAGGACCAGUUGAUAUAUUGAUUGACCGUGCAGUCCUGCGACUGUGAGGAGGUCAUGAUACCCAUGUGAACACUGAAUUGCAUCAGUGCUGUUGAGAUUGCUUAUUUCAGUUGAGAAAAUAAAAUAACCACACUGAUACUGUCUAGUGUUCACACGUUCUAACAGGCGACGGUCUCUCAUUGGCUAUGACUAUCACACAACUAAACUACAGAACUAUGAAAAGUUAUAUAGUUGUCUAGUAUAUAAUGCCAUGUAGUCUGGUUGAUAGGUACAAACAUUUCAGAGGAGCAUAUACCUUCAGCUUCAGGUUACCUCUACCAUGAAGAUGCAGUCAGCAGGUUCCUCCAUUGUUGGUACCUAUCUACUAGCAACAUGGUGCCACAUCCCAGAUGACUGUAAUAUUCACUGCCAUGAGAACCUCAAAUGUCAUGAUCACUUCUUGUUGUUCCAAGUCAUUUUCCAUUGCCUUAUGUGGCAGAAAUUGUAAUGUAUUAGAAUAAUGUCACUUUGUAUGAGAAAUACAGUGUUCAAAAUGAAGAUAUUUAAAUCUUACCUGCAUUCUUGUGAUGAGUGGGAUGUACCUGUGCAUUGUUACCCAUUUUGAAUGCUGCAUUAGAAAUGUCUUUGCACAUUGGUUGUUGAGAAAGGCAAUAUAUUUAUUAUAUUACACUAAUAGUUUGAAUUGUCAAAGUGUAGGUAAUCAUUAAAUUAUUUAAUGACAAUUUUUUUUCUUAUUUUCCACUGUUUGUAUUGGGAGGAAAUGGAAUUGGUUGGUUGUAAAAUGUACCAAGGCUCCAGUAUAGUUACUUUACCAUCUCAGAUGUUGGCGCAGAAUUGUAUAUUUGUACAGUUUCUGUGUACUAAGAGUUUGCGGGUAUGUGAGAAUUGCAAUAGUACCUUCUUUAGUCCGGUUUAUUAACUUCAAAAAACCUUCUUUAGGGGGUAAAUUAGUUAAGUGUAAGAUGUUCAUUGACAGUGCAACUGUUUUUCAUGAAUAUAAGGUUAAUAAAUGAGAAGUAAAGUGUUA